CAACAUUUAGGCUAGACUCAGAUUAGCUGAAUAUGUUGUGUACUCCCUUAUUUUUGGUAAGCAUGUCUUAUCUUAUUUUAUACCAUUUGCUCACGAAGAUUCUGCUGGGGAUCAUAUGGUGUGUGGUGGUCCAGUCUAAGAGCCUAAUGUUCCAGCCUCUGGACUGUGCAGAUAUUUAUAAUGAUAGAUCCUGGGGAAGUGGUGUGUACCUGAUCUAUCCAGCUGGACCCACGUCUGGUAGAUAUGUGUACUGUGACAUGCAGACUGAUGGAGGGAAAUGGACGGUGUUCCAGAGAAGAACGGAUGGUACACUGAACUUCUACAGAGGAUGGGAGCAGUAUAAGAAUGGGUUUGGUCAUGCAGCUGGAGAAUACUGGCUGGGACUUGAGACAAUCCAUCUUCUCAUCCUGAAGAAGAACUACGAGCUGAGGGUGGAUAUGGAGGAUUUUGAUGGGAAAAAACUUUACGCAAAAUACAAGUCCUUCGGCAUUUCUCCAAUGGCUGUUAAUGCAGAACUGGACGGAUACAGACUCCAUGUGGAUGGGUUUGAGGAUGGAGGAGCAGGAGAUUCCUUAUCCUACCACAACGGAUCAAAGUUCUCAACCUAUGACAAAGACCAGGACAUGUAUGAAGGGAACUGCGCUGUUUCCUAUGUGGGAGCACACUGGUACAACUCCUGCUACUGGUCCAACCCUAAUGGACUCUACACAUGGGGAGCAGAUUCCCAAUUCGGAUUGAACUGGAGGUCUUGGAAAGCCUUCGUCUCAGUCAAGAGCUUCAGCAUGAUGAUCAGACCGGUCAAUCUGAUCUGAUCUUUAAGACUUUAAGGACAUUAACUGAAAUAAUAGAGUCUGUUCUGUUGAACAUCAGCCUGGAGUAAUCUCUUGUUCAUGUGGUUCUAUAAGCUAUGAUGUUUCUUGAUGUAGUGGUGGCGUCUGACGAAUUGGAGAUCACAGGAGACCAGUGUUCAACACUGAAACUCCUCCUAAUCCCUAAAAUAACAAUAUUAUGGUUUCAGAGGGAGAAAUAUGCUUAUUCUUUCUAAUCUUUCUUUGAGAUACACUGCUUUAUAAUAUUUUUUUUAUUAGUAAUACAUUUAUAAUAAACUAAAGACAUACCAAAAAAUGAUUACAAUCAUCUGCUGACAUCACAUAAUUGUUUAUUUAUUUUGUAUUUUUUAAUUCCUUUUUACUAGCCUUAAAUUGUCCUGUCACCACUUUUUUGGAAUGUGCUGCUGGUCCUAAAGACAAAAUUAAAAAUAAUGUCUUUCUUUGAUUUUA